AGCGCCACCUGCCCUCCGCCACCUACCGCGGCUCCUCCAGUUCCCAGGGCCGCGGCCGGAGCAGCUCUGAGCACUCCGUUCACCCUACGGUGCCCUUAAAAGGCGCUGGCACGAACCAAUGAGUCCCUGAGGAGAGUGAAGGGACAGCUUCGGCCCGAGGCCGGCGUCGUGUCUCCCUCAAAGUCUUGCUCGGAUAGCGCUGUCGGGAACGAGCCCGGCGCUUUGAUUUAGGAAUGGGAGUGGUUUCCUCACUAAAGAGUCACCCCCUCCAAAAUCUCACAGAAAGUGGUCGGGCCCAGUUGGAGGCAUAUCUCGAAAUCCGCGGGGGAGGCCAUGUCGGAAGAAGCUAAGUUUUGUUUUUUCUUGGUAAGAACUCGGAGACCAUGUCUACAGAACGCUUUUCAUCCACAAGAGAGGAGGGAAGAUCUGGCUCAGGACCCAGUAUUAGGUCCAAUCAGAGGAAAAUGUUAAACCUGCUCCUGGAGAGAGACACUUCCUUUACCAUCUGUUCAGAUCUCCCUAGAACUCCAGUGAACAAACUCCUUGGCUAUUCUGCAAACCUAAGCAUUUUGUCUGGAGGAACCCCAAAACGUUGUCUUGAUCUUUCGAAUCUUAGCAGUGGGGAGAUAUCUGCCACUCAGCUUACCACUUCUGCAGACCUUGAUGAAACUGGUCACUUGGAUUCUUCAGGACCCCAGGAAAUACUGUUAGCUAGGAUGAAUCGUCACCAGCGCCUUAUGAAAUGCAGCUCAGCAUACCUUCUUUGCAGCACUCCGAAUGGUCUGGACCAUGGCUACAGAAAGAAAGAUGCAAUGUGUAGCUCAUCUGCAAAUAAAGAAAAUGACAAUGGAAACUCAAUGGAAAGUGACCUGAAAUAUCUAGGCAGUCCCAUUACUGCUGUUCCAAAACUGGAUAAAAAUCCAGGACUAAGUGAAGACCAGGCUCUAGAGCUUUCAGAUGAACUGAUGAAGUUUUCCCUGGAAGAUCAAGAAGAGACCAAGGUAAAAUGGAACAGAAGCUGUUUGUAUCGCUCCCCUUCGAUGCCAGAGAAUUUGAACAGGCCAAGACUGAAGCAGGUGGUAAAAUUCAAGGACAACCCAAUAACAGACAAAGUAAAAAAGAAGUAUUGUUCUGGCCAUAGAGGGCUCAGGAAGGGCUUAGGCAUAAAGAAGACAGUCUCUCUCUGUGACAUUAGUUUCACUCAGAUGCUGGAGGAAGAUUCUAACUGGGGGCAUCUGACUGGUGAUUUUUCCAAGGUAUGUGUGCUGCCAACCGUGUCGGGGAAACACCAAGAUCUGAAGUAUGUCAACCCAGAAACAGUGGCUGCCUUACUGUUGGGGAAGUUCCAGGGUCUGAUUGAGAAGUUUUAUAUCAUCGAUUGUCGCUAUCCAUAUGAGUACCUGGGAGGACACAUUCAGGGAGCCUUAAACCUGUACAGUCAGGAAGAAAUGCAUAACUUCUUUCUGAAGAAGCCCAUUGUCCCUUUGGACACCCUGAAGAGGAUAGUCAUCGUGUUCCACUGUGAAUUCUCCUCAGAGAGAGGCCCCCAUAUGUGCCGUUCUCUUCGAGAAGAGGACAGGGCUCUCAAUCAGUAUCCUGCAUUAUACUACCCAGAGUUAUACAUCCUUAAAGGGGGCUACAGAGACUUCUUUCCGGAAUAUACAGAGCUGUGUGAACCACAGAGCUACUGCCCUAUGCAUCACCAGGACCACAAAGCUGAGCUGCUGAGGUGUCGGAGCCAGAGCAAGGUGCAGGAAGGGGAGCGGCAGCUGCGGGAGCAGAUUGCCCUCCUGGUGAAGGAUGUGAACCCAUGAAAAUAGACCAGCCACUGGCUGCUAAGGAGUCACCAAAAGAUACUACAGAAAUCCUUAACAGAAAGAGCUAUCGUCUGGAUGGUUAAACCCAAUAAUGCUGAAAGAUGUAUGCAAAACAACAGGCUGUCAAACUAUUGAAGUUCCAAGCGUGGGGACUGGUUUGGUUUCAGUAGCGCUAAAAUCUGGUGGCUGAAUCCUGGAGCUGACUCUAAAGGCUGCAUCCUUGAGGAGCAUAGAGAUGUGUAUUGCUUCAGGGAGUUCUUGCAUUCCUCUUCCCAAUUACUCAUGUCUGUCACAAGCUGUCUAUCUCUUUCUCUCUCUGGGUUUCUGUCUAUAUAAGAGUUCCCCACCUUCUUUCUCUGUAUUUUCCUUCUUUUUUCACCCUCU